GAUUGUUAUUACUGAGCCGUGGCCUGUCUUUGUUUACUCAAUCGCCUACUCCCACUGUAGCAUGCCUCUUGACGGGCGCUGAAGACACGAUGCUCUACUCCUACCCCGAGGCUGCCCGCGAGCGUGACCUCCAUCGAUACUACCGCCCAUGGCUCAACGCGCAGAGCCUCGUCGACGCCGACGGCAGCGGCUCCAAGGGACUGACGUAUGAGGGCUACCGGCCGCAGACGUCGCGCGACCGGUCGUUGACGGCCUUUGCCCAGCUCGCAGCCCUGCGCCUGGACACGCGCCGGGCCAUGGUGUCGCUGAUCGACUCGAACCGGCAGUACAUUCUGGCAGAGGCCACACGCACCCUCGCCCUGUGCUCCCCCACGGCCGAGCGCCCCGAGGACGAGGUCUGGCUGGGCAAUGCCAUCCUCAACAAGACCGAUGCCGUGUGCUACCACACCUUCUCCGCCACCUACACUGCCACGGAAACGAAUGGCGACACCAUCACCGCCGACUGCAUGGUCAUCCCCGACUGCCGCCUGGACCCCCGCUUUGCCGACAAAGACUAUGUCAAAGGCGAGCCUGGGGUGCGGUUCUACGCAGGUGUGCCCAUCACCACCAAAGCCGGAAACCGCAUCGGCGUGUAUGCCGUGUCAGACGAGAAGCCUCGUGCGGGGCUCACCGCGGCCGAGAUGCGCUUCAUGCAGGACGUGGCGGCAGCAGUCAUGGAGCACCUCGAACUGGCCAAAGACCGUGACGACCGCACCAAGGGCGAGCGAAUGGUCCGCGGACUGACGCAGUUCAUCGAGCGUUCGACUACGCAGGACAGCCGCGACGACGGCAACCGCCCGCCAACCACAAUGGAGAAACAGACGGAAAAUGCACGUCUCGAAACGCUCGAAGAGGAAGGACCCGCUGCUACCGUGCUCACCGCGGCCAGCAGGCAGGCCCACCACAAGCACGAGGCCCUGUCAGAUGUGGCUCGUGUCUUCCACCGCGCUGCGCGUAUCAUGCGCCAGAGCACCGACGCCGAUGGAGUCGUCUUUUUCGAUACUUCUGCAGCAGGCAUCAAGCGUCACGAGUACGACGAUAACAGGUCACCCGGUACCAGCGACGAAGACCCCGCCCACACCACGACGGACUUUGAGACGGGCGACUCAACCGCCACCUCACGGAGGAGAAAGCGACAGGACGUCCACUUUGACCCGACAGCUCACCUUCAUACACACAGUAAGGCAUGCCCUGUAGCUGGCCUAUCCUUGCGCGAAGGAACCGCGGCCAGGGUCCACACUGAUUUUGCCUUCACUGAAGCCGCCAUGGAGCGAUACAUCCACCGUUAUCCGUGUGGAAAGUUCUUCAACUACAGUGACGAGGGUGUGGGCUUCAACUCGUCUGAUGAAAAGUCGCAGACCUCAGAGACGGACCACUCAGACCCCACCAAGCGUGAACCAACAGCGACACCCAAGAGGAGGAAAAGGAAGGAGAGAUUCAUCCCCACAGAAUUUCUCAAAGUCUUGCCCAAUGUCCGUACGCUGAUCUUUCUGCCCCUGUGGGACCCUGCCUCGGAACGAUGGGUUGCUGGAGGCUUCAUCUGGACCACACAAGCGGGGAGAUUGAUGAGCCCUGAAAAUGAGCUCCCCUACCUCCAAGCUUUUGGUAACAGCAUCACCAGCGAAGUGGCGCGCCUGAGUGCUCAAAAGUCGGAUCGUGCGAAAACCACAUUCAUCGCUUCCAUAUCUCAUGAGUUACGCUCUCCACUUCAUGGGAUACUUGGUUCGGUCGAGUUUCUUCGAGACACGGUCUCUUCAGCCUACCAGGAGUCGCUCGUCUCGUCUAUUGAGAUCUGCGGCAAAACCCUGCUCGACACCAUCGAUCACGUUCUUGAUUACGCCAAGAUCAACAAGCUGCGGAACACAACACCAAGACGGAAACAGCGCGGCGAGGGCCGAAGCAAGAGAUCGCCAGCUGACAAUUCAAUACUGGGUGUCACUGCCGACUUUGAUCUUGCUCAGCUGGUUGAAGAAGUGUGCGACACCGUGUGCGCUGGUCAUACGUUUCGAAAGACGCGCAACAGUCAUACAGGUGGUAUUUACGACCAAGCCGAGCAGACCUAUUCCAAUGUUAUGGGAGGAGAGGAGGAUGAACAGAAAAAGAACGGCGCUGUUUUGGAAGGCAGAGACACCCACGGCUCGGUGAUUGUGUCGUUGAUUGUGGCUCCCAAUGUCAAUUGGAUUGUCCGCUCUCAGCCAGGCGCGUUGCGACGGAUCGUCAUGAACCUGCUCGGGAACGCUCUCAAAUACACCGACUCGGGAUUCAUCGCCGUCUCCAUGACACAAUCCAGCAGCGGUCCCCAGCUGAUUGACUUUUCUCUAACAGUAGAAGACUCGGGCCGUGGAAUGUCUGCCGAGUACCAAAAGUCGAAAUUGUUCGCCCCGUUUUCACAAGAAGAUCCAUUCUCGUCUGGAACCGGCCUCGGUCUCAGUAUUGUCAAGCAGAUUGUGGAAUCUUUCAAGGGUGACAUCGAAGUCAAGAGCACAGUCCAUGUCGGCUCUCAAAUCAAGGUCUCGAUGCGACUUCCCAGCGGGCAGACCGAAGACGUGAAGCAGACUCAUGCUCUUCUUCCCGCCUCCAACAAGCUACGCGAAACAUCAGUCUGUAUCAGUUGUGAACCAGACACCCGAGGCGGUGAACGUGGCGUCAAAACGAAGGAGUCGAUGCAUAAAGCCUGCCAGGGAUUCGGAAUGAAGAUUGCUCAAGGCCCCAGCCCAUCGAUCGCUGAUGUCGACUUUUUGCUAACCGACUCGCCCUCGCUCGACCAGCUACUGCGGGAACCCGGGGCGAGCCGCGUCGACAAGCCACUGCUUUGCGUGGUGUGCAUCUGCACCGACACGGCGGAGAAGACGGCGGUAGAGCAGCGUCUCGGUCCGCAGAUCAGCGCGCUGGGCUGGAUAGCAGAGAUUGUCACGCAGCCAUGCGGCCCGCGCAAACUCGCCCGCCUCCUCCUCGCCUGCCGCAAACGCGCCUCAACCCAAGAAACCGAACGCCACCUCACCCGCUCAAAAAGCACCUUCGCCGUCCCACGACACCAAUCCCUCGCUCCACCAACAACCCUCAUCCACCGCAGCCUAAGCGACAUCCUGCAAAAGCCCUCCCCUCCCGCACUUCCCCCCACCUCCCAGACAGAAUACUUCCCCCCCCGCGUCCUCCUCGUAGACGACAACGCAAUCAACUUAAAACUCCUCGUCGUCUUCGCCCAGCGCCAAUCCCUCCGCUACGAACAAGCCUCAAACGGCCUCGACGCGCUGGAUAUUUUCAAGCGCGAAGCCCUAGUCACCUCGCCCCCGACUAGGCCGUUCGAUUACGUGCUCAUGGAUCUUAGUAUGCCGGUUAUGGAUGGGUUGACUAGUACGAGGGGGAUUCGCGCGUUUGAGGGGAAGAUGGGGUUGCAGAGAAGUCAGAUUGUUGCACUGACGGGACUGGCGAGCGCGCAGGAUCAGAGGGAUGCGGGGGAGGCGGGGGUGGAUCUUUAUCUUGUUAAGCCGGUGAAGUUUGCGGAUAUUAGGAGGGUGUUUGGGGCGCGGUAGGAGAGGGCUGUUGGUGGUUUUGGGGCGUGGAGAUGGUGGGAGCGUUUUGCAUUGUGGGGAAUCUUUCUUUGUUUUUGGGGGUUUGGGAGGGUGUUUUGGGUUGGGGGUUGCAUAGCGUGGCGUAGCAUUGUCUUAUACCGUUUUGUACUAGC